ACAUACAAACCACCUCGCGCGCCAUCUUCUAGCUAAUAACCAGCUAGAGACGAAAUACCGUGGUAAACCCUCGGGGCAGGUUGUCUCGAACACGUGUUCGCGUUUAGCCAUUCUGAACAAUGAGUGACAUUGAGGAUAGAAACGGUGGCCCUCGGGUUAUUGAUCGUGAAGGAUUUGAAGAGUUUUAUCCAAGAGUGAUGAAGAAAAAUUUCAAGAUAAACGAAGGCUAAUGAAAACAUGUACAGAGCAGAACAUAGACGUGGAAAGGGAGGAAAUGUGACGGAAGAAUGGUGUCAGAUAGGAGCGCUUGCGGUGUUAUGGCUAAAAUGAAAACUGGUUUCAGUAUGGGUGAAGAAAAGAAAAAACAGACCCGGAAUCAGAAAAUGAGAAAACUGAAAAAAGAAGAACGAAGAAGGAUAUAAAUCCUGAGAGAAGGGAGUAGCGUGUAAAGAAUCUGGAAGAAUGAAUGUGUCUCUCGGGGUCACGGUCCCCAUCUAAAUCGGAUCGUGGGAGUCCAGCUCGGGCGAAGUCGGAGAGCAGGUCCGGCUCCCCGAGCCCAUCCCGGGCAUCCAAACACUCUGAGUCCAGAUCCCGCUCUCGGUCAAAAUCUAGAUCUCAUUCCAGGCGGCAAGCAGACCGCCGCUAUAGCCAUUCGCGGUCUCGGUCCGGUUCCCACCGGAGGAAGUCCCGUUCUCGUUCCUACAGCCCCGAAUACCGCCGGAGGAGGAGCCAGAGCACUUCACCUAUGUCGAGCCGUCGCGGCAACACUGGCAGCAAGAGCCAUGACUUAACCAAAGAAGCAUACAGUCAUGGCGGCGAUACUGAUGUCAGGGCGAACCCUGACCCCAGCAAGUGUUUGGGGGUGUUUGGCUUGAGCCUGUACACCACAGAGCGAGACCUGAGGGAGGUGUUUUCGCGUUAUGGUCCUCUGGCCGGGGUCAAUGUGGUUUACGACCAGCGCACGGGUCGCUCCCGUGGCUUCGCCUUCGUUUACUACGAGAGACUUGAUGAUUCCAAAGAGGCAAUGGAGCGAGCCAACGGCAUGGAGCUGGACGGAAGGCGCAUCAGAGUGGAUUAUUCCAUUACCAAACGCCCCCAUACCCCCACACCGGGGAUCUACAUGGGCCGACCAACUCAUAAUGGUGGCGGCGGCGGCAGCGGCGGAGGUGGUGGUGGCGGAGGCGGUGGUGGAGGCGGCGGUAGCAGUGGUGGUGGCGGCGGCGGCAGCAGGAGGGGGAGAGACUCUUACUAUGACCAUGGCUAUGACCGGUAUGAAAGAUAUGAUGAGUACGACGAUAGAUAUAGUCGCAGGCGCUCUCCGUCACCCUACUACAAUCGGUACAGGUCUCGCUCGCGGUCUCGCUCCUACAGCCCACGACGAUACUAAGAUGCACAUGUCAGUGUUCAGCUUCCCUCCAAUAAUUGACGGUGUGUGACUCAUCAAUGUGUUUUCAGAAGGGAACAUUUUCAACUGCAUGUCUUUAUCAACAGAACUCUUUACGUUUGAGAUAGUCCUCGUUUACAUGAAAUAGAUGUCUUAAUUUUUUGUAGACCUUUUUGAUACAUCCAUGUCGAGUGUGAGCAAAGGGACGUAGCCACUGUUGAUCACUUGUCUUCAUUCUUAGACUUCCAUCCUUCCCUUCUCUUUAUUUUCAGCAGCAAUGAUACCGUUUCUUUUCUGUCAAGAGACAGUUUGCACUGAUCGCUCUUCACAUUGUCCUUGUCCUGAUUGGGGAAGAGAACAACCUGUAUUACGUAGGUAAAUGUAAGAAUAAACUGAAUGUGGACAGCAAAGAUGGCAAAUUGGAUUAAUCUCAAUGUAACGUUGCACUAGCUCAGUUUACUGGUAAGUAACAGGUAAAAUGUUAUAAUUCUUUCAGUGGUUGGUUCUGUGCUCACAUUCCCUUUUUUCAGGAGUCAUUGUUUUUAUUUCUCCAGAGAGAAUUGUGUUUUGAAUUUUUUUAAAUUGUUGUUUCUUUGUAUAGAAAUACAAGCAUAUGAAAACCAA